UCCUCCGUUUCUGACCCACAGAAAAGGAAAGAGAACAGGCACAUGAGAGAAAAACCAAGUUAUUUUGCUCACUUCUACUCCACUUCUACUGCAACCCUCAGCAGGUUGAAGUUCAUGAGUUCGCCCAGCCUCAGCGAUCUGGGCAAGAGAGAGACAGCUGCCUUGGACGAGCGGGGGACUCAGCACCAGCGGGCCUGCUCCAAUGCCACCUGGAACAGUAUCCAGAAUGGAGUCAUAGCUGUGUUCCAGAAAAAGGGCCUCGCAGAUCAUGAUCUUUACAAUCUCAAUGAAGGAGUCAGGCAGCUUCUGAAAACUGAAUUGGGAUCUUUUUUUACUGAAUAUUUACAGAACCAGCUGCUUACCAAAGGCAUGGUGAUCCUGAGGGAUAAGAUCCGAUUUUAUGAAGGGCAGAAACUUUUGGAUACGUUGGCUGAAACCUGGGAUUUCUUUUUCAGUGAUGUCCUGCCCAUGCUGCAGGCCAUAUUCUACCCCGUGCAGGGGAAGGAGCCCCCUGUCCGUCAGCUGGCCCUGUUGCACUUCAGAAAUAUUAUAACACUCAAUAUAAAACUGGAAGACUCUUUGUCCCGUUCCCGCGCGAGGAUUCCGCCUUCAAUUGUCCAAAUGUUACUCAUCCUACAGGGUGUUCAUGAAUCAAAAGGAGUUACUGAAGAUUACUUGAAGUUGGAAACUCUCUUACAGAAGGUUGUUUCCCCUUACUUGGGGACAUACGGUUUGUACUCCAGUGAUGGCGCUCUCACUCACUCUUCCUGCAUUUUAGAAAAACGCUUCUUUCGGCGCUCUAAAUCAGGGGAUAUUCUUGCUAAGAAUCCAGUGGUGAGAUCCAAAAGUUACAACAAUCCUUUGUUGACUCCCGUAGCCGAGUAUGAGACAGAAGGCGCCACUGCCAACAGCUCCGGCAUCCGACGACAUUCGGUUUCAGAAAUGACCUCCUGCGGUGAGAUGCCGGGCUACUCCAAUCUCACGACCAUCACAGACAGUGGAUCCAAGAGCUCCAUGCUCACCAUGAAGAUCCUGCCGGCAGGAGAACAGGAGAGGAUUUCUGCUGGUUCGAUGCAAUGCGUGUCUGAUCAAUCCAAAGGACUCUUCUACCCCACAGAAAACCCGGCCAGGGCCUUUGAGUUAGGCCGGGAUUCGGAUUUACUCGCCAUUGCUCCCACAGCCAGCCCUGAGAACAUAGUGGACCAGAUUUUAGAAUCGAUUGAUUCCGAUUCGGAUGGGAUUUUCAUUGAUUUCGGCCAAAACAGCUCUGGCUCUCCGGGAUACAAUAUGGAUGUGAGCAGGCAAAGCAUGGUCUGAAGGAGUCGUGGAAGUCCGCCGGCUUUGUGUGUGCAUGGAGUAAGGGCACAGCCUACUCUUCCAAGCCAGAUGAAGAGGAUGAUCUCACCGCAGAGAAAAUAAGGAUUAUCCUGGCUUGGGAAAAGGGUGGCGGCCACUGAAUCCUUGUGGUCAGGUUACAUCUGUUUAGGUUAGGUUCAUAAAGUCACACACUGUCCAUCCGUGACCAGGCUGAGUUAUGGCUAGCGAUGGAGCUUAGGUUGUGCAUCUAGGUUGAACUGAACCAAAGGAUAACAAGCCUGAGAUACUGUCUGGCCUUCAACCUCCCUUAAGGUCCUUCAUAGGUGCCCCCUCCUCCUAGGGAUGUGAUUUGCCUCCCAUUGUUGUCUUCUUUCCCAGUGUUUUUUCCAGUUUGUAUGUUCAGCUCACUGCCUAGUAUCUCCUGCCUCAGAAUUCUCCUUUCCUGCAGGAGUCAGCCAAGUAGAAGAAGCAGGAAGUCAGUUGCCAGUUAUUCUUCCAAUGGAUGCUCUUGGUGUAGAGUAGAACGUGGAUGACUUCCCCAAAAUCCCAGUGUGAUAGUUUGGGAUGGAAAUAGGCAGACUUUGGCACUCAAGUGCAACACAGGUCUAUUGAGUGAUGAAUUAAGACUAGCACAGGUGUGUACAUACCUAUAUGUACACACUUGCAUGUAUCUAGUCACUCAUGUGAAAGCAAGGGUGGCAUCAUCAACUUCGCUGGAGAAAGGUCUUAAAGUCUCCUCCUUGUUUGCCUCUGCUGUCCCAGCCAUGGCCAGUUUUCAGAAUGGCUCUCUUGUUGUGCAGCCCUUCUCUCAAAGGAGAAGACAGUUCUGUUGUUGGGACACGUAGAAGAGUCACAGCAGUCAUGGAGUCCCCUCUGUCAGAUCUCGGUGGCUGGACGAUUCUAGUUUACCCUUAUCGAAAUGAUUGAGCAGGAAUGAAAAGAAUGUCAAAUCGUCUGUGAGGACCAGAUGGGCUGGAAAUAAGAGGAAACCCAAUUCUCUCCUUUUGAUUGGACGGCAUUGCAAGAGAGCGUGAGGGUUUCACAGCUUCCUGGGUUAACUUCUGAACGUCUCCUUUCAUUUACUCAAGAAUUGAGAGUUGUUUUAUAUUGUUCCCCUUUCCAGGAAUUAAGUAAGGACAGCAUUUUGGGCACUGAUGGGAUUAAAAAAAAUUACCACUGGUUCCGCGGGCGUGGCAUGGCUUGGUGGGUGUGGCAGGGGAAGGAUGCUGUAAAAUCUUCAUUCCCUCCCCACCGCUCUAACCUGCUUUCCAGCUCCGUUCUUCUGUGCGGGGCAAAAGACCGAGCCAAUCAGCUGGGACUUGGGAGGCAGAGAAUAGAUGGGGGCAUGGCCAGCCAGAGGUGGUAUUUGCCGGUUC